AUGAAUAUUUCACUGAUGCAUGGUAUAACUCUAAAAGGAAUUUGGAUUUCACUCGGCGCAUUGGAUGAUACAAAUAUUACUAGCGAGUUUCAAAAAAUAGUAAUCAGUAAUGACGGAUAUUUAUCUUUGUUAAUAAUAAAGGACAUGCUAUUCACUGGAAAUGGCAUCAACGCGUCCCCUGCUUAG